UAGAGCUUCCCUUUCCAGCGUGCUCCGGUGCUACUACUCCGGCUUUAGGGAUUUAUUAGCGAGUUCCGCCAGAAUUCCGCAAGAACUAACCGAAGCGGGGUUGUUUUUGUUGAAAAAAAAUAAAAAUAAAAAAAACAACCCGCAAACAUACAGUUAAAGUCAGCAGGAUAUCUUUAAGGGGAAAAAAAUCACAACUUUUCAUGGCGCGGAAGAAGGAAAAGAGAGGCGGAGAUUUAGCGGUAAACGAAGACGAAACGAAGCAAAUUAUGCCUAUGGAAUCAUAAUAACUUCUCGUAAACAUUAACGCAAGCGUCGGAGUAAUUAAAUAUUAGCUAGUGAAUUAGCUAUGUGAGCGUUCACGAAGCACGAAAAGCAGUUUGAAAAGAUUUCUUCUGCCAGUUUGAUUGUGGAUGGGAGCCAAAGGAAUUCAACAUAAUCCUGGAGAGACUGAUGAACUCCAGUAACUCCACUUUAUGUCAGGUCACAUCAUAGUAGCCUAAUACUAUUCCUACUUUCAUGUGUGUUUGGUGUGUCUGAUUUGAAGAAAACGAAGACGCCAGAAUGGUGAAGCAGGUUGCUCCUCGUCGCGUUUUGUCUCGCUCCUUUAGACAUUCCUCUCGAACAGAACUCUCGUCACCCUUGACCCCCUGGACCUCUCCAUCACCUCCGACACUGUGUCAUGACCCCUCCUCUGUUCCAAGGUGGAAUCCAAGCAGCAUUCCUGACCACGUCUACCUCGACGCUGCCAGCAUUUUCCAAAACUCACACCAGGACAAGGCCGCCACUCAUCGGCUCAUCAGUUAUGGGAAGAGGUCAAAGGUAACAGCGCUGAAGAUCAAGGAUGAGGCAUGGCAGCACAGGGCCUACGAGCUGGCCUUCAAUACGCUCAAAUAUCAGGAGCUAUUGGAGGACAUCAUGAUUGACAGCAGCUUCUAUUUGUCUAAGCCAGUGCCCGACGAUCUGAUGAGUUUGGUGGCUGUCAUGUUGUACGACUUGCAGGAUCGUAAGUUCCUCCCACGUGAAAGACCGGCCAAUCAGGACAAGCAGGAGGAGGUGGCUCAGGUCAGGGAAGUGGAAAACUGUCUGCUCAGGUUUAAGACAAAAUUGGCGGCAUCUUUAGCACGCUGCAGAAUCAAACACGACCUGCUGAGCAUUGACUGCAUGCUGCCAGAGAGCAUCAGACAGAGGCAGGAGAGAGGAUCCAACCUGCCCAUGUACGCCUGGAUUAAUACACUGCGCACCAGUAUGCAGGACGUGUGUGAGGUGUUGAAGGCUGCAGGUUUCUCCCAUGUGAAAUCCAUCACACAGUUGGAAGGACAGACAUUCUGUGAGGACCUACACUGCCUCGACCUGCUGGUGUUUCCCACGUGUGCGAAAAGAGAACUACACAAAACGAAUCUGCUGAAAGAUCGUAGACUGGUAAUACAGGAUAAGGCGUGCUGCGUUGGUCCAUGGGCAUUGCGCCCCUUGCUGGUUCCAGAUGGAGACGUACUUAUGGCUGGAUCGUUCUCCGCAGCCACCGUGGCUCAUACAGCUGCCAUCGUCGCUGCUGCACAUACUCAUCUUCACACUUUUUCUCACUCCAGUAAACAGGCUCGCAGCAGCAUGCGGGUGUUUGUGUGUGUGGGGGAGUGCUCGAGUGCUCAGAGAGAUGAAAUGCAGGAGGUCCUUGGCAGCAUGGGCUGCAGCAACGUGAAGCUGCUACCCGAGGCUCUCCACACUCUGGAUGUGUAUGACACAUGUCUGCAGAAGGUUCAGCUCAUCCUGCUGACUCCGCAGUGUUCGCUCUCUGCAGUCUCAAACCCUGUAGACUACCUUCUGCGGGAGAAUGGAGACAAAGAGCUGCUGCAGGAUCUGUCCCAGGGCUCUGUCUCGCAGUCCAGAUUACACACACUCGUCACCGAGCAGAAGCGAGACCUUCAUCAGGCCCUUCACUUUCCUAAAGUGCGAGUCGUGGUGUAUUCCACCUGUUCCUCACUUCCAGCGGAGAACGAGGAAGUAGUGAAGAGCGCUCUCACACUCACAGAGCACGACAACUCCAAACUACAGCCUUUUAAGCUCAGCCACCCAUCUCUCCUGUGUUGUUAUAAAGAGGAUGGCAAUGGAGAAAAGAAGGCUGACUUUUUCAGGCUUGAAGCUUCUGAUCAGAGUAACGGCUGCUUCUUAGCUGUUCUCACAUCCCAGCCCGAGCCAGAAGUGACGCCACAGGAAGUAAUAGCUCGCGCCACCGCUAGUGGAUUGCUGGAUGGGAUCCAGCUGACUCAGCCAAUCAAGAAAGAGGGGCGUGGCCGACAGACACGCAAAGGACCUGCCUAUCAAUCUCGCCGGCAACCCCACGUCUCCGUUAGCAGCCAGUCGCAGGUGGCUGAGUUUCUGAACCGUGAGCUGAAAGCCAAUAGCUCAGUCCCAACAGCGGCACAGGAGAGGACCAACAGCACACACUUGCCUUGGGGAAAAUCCAAACCAACUCAUCCGCAGCACUCGUGCAAACCCGCCUCCUCCAAAACCUCCACCUUCUCCAAUCCAAGCCAAGCCUCCUUUUUCACAGGACCUACCUCCACCCUCUCCUCCACCACAGGCCUCACCUUGUCUUAUACAAGCCAAGCUUCUUCAUCCAACACCGCCCACACCUUCUCCACCACAGACCCCAUCUUAUUGAACACAGACUCUGCCUCGUCCAUCAACGGACUCACUAUCACCGCCUUUACCAAGGGGCAUGCACCAUCCCAUAGAAUCUUGAAUCGAACCAAUGGCCGCCGAGCUCCUGGUCCUGUAGCUCCGCCCUCUGCCCCACCCAGAGGCAGACAUGAAGUCCUGCGUCCUGUGUUGAUUUCGUUUCCUCCUCCUCAGUUCCCAUCCUUGUGUCUAGAAUCUGCUCCAGUCAAGAUCAAAACCCCUCUGUUGUACCAAAACUGGAGGAACUGCUCACGCCCUGCCCCACUGACACACACACGAUUCGGGAGCAGCAUACGCCCGUGGCUCUGACACACAAACACACACACACACACACACAUAUACAGUAUAUGUGUGUGUGUGUGUGUAUAUAUAUAU